CUAAAUAAUUAAUACGAAGUGGUGUUUUGUGGUUAAUGAUCGCAUUAAGUUAGUCGGAAGACAUUCGCGAGUGUUAUUAUAUUGGAGUGUUCAAUAAACAAAGUGUAUCUGCCUAUUUUCGCUUCGUGUCAGGAAGCCGCUUCAUAACUCAAAAGUUUAUGCGGACUUUUGAGUUAAUUCGUUUGGGGUUCGGAGUAGGAGUCUACUCCGAGGGUGGGGGCUUAGGUUUCAUCAUCAUCACCUUUCAUCAUUUCAUUAAUCAUCAAGAAAAAAAAUACGUCAGACAUGGCUGUAUGGGCAUAGUUCCCUUUGCCUUACCCUUCGGGGAAAACCAAACCAAAAAAAAAAAAAUGUAGGUAUGUCAUUCCGCACGCGCGCGGCUGUUUGUUUACUUUUUGCCCUAUUGAUAAUUUUAAUUAAUUUUGUUCAAUUACAAAACACACGGUUAACACAAUGGAUGAGAAAUCAGAUUUAUUAUUGGAGAAAAUAAUAAAAGCUUUCUUUAAUCGUUCACUAACAUUUUCACUUCAGCCCGAAGAAAUUGAAUUAUUCACUUGGGAUAAACAGCAAGCAUUUCUAAAUGCAACUAUCCAGAAUAAAGCUGUGGUAAAACAUCCUGUGAGCAGUGAAUUUUGUAGGUUGUUUUUUAAGAAAGUGAUUGACUUCCUGGAGCCCGUACAAGAAGUACAUGAUGAUUUUUAUACACACCUAUGUUCUGUAUUAAAAAAUAGUUCAGUAGAAGAUUAUUGCUUCCGCCAUUAUAUGAUUGGAGAUGAUUAUGAAAACUUAAUAAUAAUGAAGGAAACAAAAAACAUGGUUGUUAAUGGCACUACAGGCAUGAGAACUUGGCAGGCAGCAUUAAUGCUAGCUGACUGGAUAAUUAGCAAUAAAAACCAAUUUAGUGGUAAAAAUAUAUUAGAACUUGGUUCAGGUGUUGGUUUCACAGGAAUUACAAUAGCUAAAACUUGUAGAAUCCCUUCAUUAUAUCUAACAGAUUGCCAUGAAGAUGUAUUGAAAGCUAUAUGUGAUAAUAUUGAAAUUAAUUUUCCUCAAAUGGGGAGAAAAGAAAAUGGAGAUUUUACUAUUUACAGCGAUGAACAUAGAAAUAUAGGUGUAAUGAUGCUGGACUGGAAUAGUCUUGAUGACUAUCCAUACAAAGUUGUCCCAGAUGUAAUAAUUGGUGCAGAUAUCAUUUAUGAUCCCAUAAUAUUGAAACCACUUUGUAAUGUGAUUAAAACUUUCUUCAGUAAGAAUAAGUAUUUGGAAGUAUACAUUGCUAAUAUUAUUAGAAAUGAAGAUACUUACAAAAGUUUUAUAGAAAUGCUAGAUUUUAUGGGUCUUACAUGUGAACAACAAAAUCAGUCGAAAGGUGUAUGUAUACACUGGGACAACACAAUCCAAAGGUGUUUAUUAAAGAUUAAAUUGAAAUAAAUAAUGUUAUUUAA